CUCUUAGAUUCGGUGUUGUUGCAGCAGAGGGACAGGAUCGCCUUUCUGAAAUCUUACCUGCACAAUGGGAUUUGUGAUCGCAAUUGGCAUGGUCAGAAGUAUCAUCAUUUGCCAUAUCUGGACAUGCCUGCGUCGUGGAGUCCCACAGUGGUGCUAAGACUAGACCGUGAAUGCACAGUAGGAUGCAUUGGAUCAAGGGGGAAGCACUAGUUUUUUUAAAAAAUACUUAUUAGGUAGCAGGGCUGAGAAUGACACGUUCCUGCUGAGGAUUUUGGAGAUAGUUCUUUUAUAAGAUGGGAACUCUAAUUGCACUUAUUGGAAUAUGGGUGAGCUUCUCCCUGGUAAAAGCAGAUUCAAAAGCAGUGACGACUUCUUUGACUACUAAGUGGUUUUCCACACCUUUAUUACUUGAAGCAAGUGAAUUUUUAGCAGAAGAAGGUCAAGAGAAAUUUUGGAGCUUUGUUGAAACCUGUCAGGACUUUGGAUCAUCUAAUCAUGAUGGUACUGAUUAUUCCUCUUACUAUGCAAUGCUGCAAGCAGCUUCCCAGAAUCUUUCACCUUUGCAACAGAACUUGUUGAAAUUUGCCUUGUCUUUGCGCUCUUAUUCAGCUACAGUUCAAGCCUUCCAGCAGAUAGCAGCUGAUGAGCCCCCACCAGAGGGAUGUAAUGCAUUUUUUGUUGUGCAUGGAGAGAAGACUUGUGAAUCUGACAAACUCAAAAUGCUUCUACAAACAGCUUCAGAAAGGCCAAAGCCUUUUAUAUUCAAAGGUGACCACAAAUAUCCAGUCUCAGACCCCGAAAGUCCUGUGGUAAUCUUGUAUGCCGAGAUUGGCUCUGAGGAGAUGUCUAGAUUUCACAGACUACUUGUAUCAAAAGUCAAUGCUGGAGAAAUCACCUACAUUCUUAGGCAUUACAUCGCUAAUCCAAGUAAAGAAAGAGUCUACCUGUCAGGCUAUGGUGUGGAGCUGGCCAUUAAAAGCACAGAAUAUAAGGCCAAGGAUGAUACCCAGGUGAAAGGUGCAGAUGUGAAUGCAACAGUAAUAGGUGAAAAUGACCCAAUUGAUGAAGUGCAGGGAUUUCUAUUUGGAAAACUGAGGCAGUUGCACCCCAGUUUGAAAGAAGAACUGAAAGAACUAAGGAAACAUCUUGUUGAAAGCACCAAUGAAAUGGCGCCCUUAAAAGUGUGGCAAUUACAAGAUCUGAGCUUCCAAACUGCUGCCCGUAUUCUGGCUGCUCCUACGGUGGAUGCUUUGAUGGUCAUGAAAGAUCUAAGUCAGAAUUUUCCCACAAAGGCUAGGGCAAUAACAAAAACAGUUGUUUCUUCAGAACUCAGAUCAGAAAUUGAAGAGAACCAAAAGUACUUCAAAGGAACCUUAGGUUUACAGUCUGGAGAUUCUGCCCUGUUCAUCAAUGGGCUGCACAUAGAUCUAGACACACAGGACAUAUUUAGUUUGUUUGAUGUCCUGAGGAACGAAGCUCGUGUUAUGGAAGGGCUGCAUAGUUUGGGAAUUGUUGGCCUUUCCAUGCACAAUGUGUUAAAGCUGAACAUCCAGCCAUCGGACUCUGACUAUGCUGUAGAUAUCAGAAGUCCUGCUAUUUCAUGGAUCAAUAAUCUUGAAGUUGACAGCAGAUACAAUUCAUGGCCUUCCAGUGUCCAGGAGCUGCUGCGCCCUACUUUCCCUGGCGUAAUCAGACAAAUAAGGAAAAACUUCCAUAAUUUUGUACUCAUCGUAGACCCGUCCCAUGAGAGCUCCGCGGAGUUGCUUAGCGUGGCUGAAAUGUUCCUUAGUAACCACAUACCAUUGAGGAUUGGACUGGUUUUUGUGGUUAAUGACUCUGAAGAUGUUGAUGGUUUACAAGAUGCUGGGGUCGCCCUUCUUCGAGCCUACAAUUACGUUGCGCAAGAAGUUGAUAAUAAUUUUGCCUUCCAGACGGUUAUAUCUAUAUACAACAAAGUAAAUACAGGAGAAAAACUCAAAGUGGAGCAUGUGGUUAGUGUUCUUGAGAAGCAGUAUCCUUAUGUAGAAGUGAACAGUAUCUUAGGAGUUGAUUCUGCUUAUGAUCACAAUAGGAAGGAAGGACGUGGCUACUACGAACAGACAGGUGUGGGGCCCUUACCUAUUGUGCUUUUCAACGGAAUGCCCUUUCAAAAGGAACAACUAGAUCCUGAUGAACUAGAAACUGUGACAAUGCAUAAAAUACUAGAAACCACCAGCUUUUUCCAGAGGGCUGUGUAUUUGGGUGAAUUAUCAAAUGAUCAAGAUGUGGUUGAAUAUAUCAUGAACCAGCCUAAUGUUGUGCCAAGAAUCAACUCACGGAUCUUGAUGUCUGACAGAGAGUACCUAGAUUUAACCGCAACUAAUAAUUUCUUUGUGGAUGAUUAUGCUAGAUUUACAUUCAUGGAUUCCAAGCACAAGACAGCUGCUAUAGCCAACAGCAUGACCUACAUGACCAAGAAAGGCAUGUCCUCCAAGGAAAUUUAUGAUGAUUCUUUUGUUAGACCAGUGACUUUCUGGAUUGUGGGAGACUUUGACAAGCCAUCUGGAAGGCAGCUUUUGUAUGAUGCUAUCAAACACCAGAAAUCCAGUAACCAUGUCCGGAUUGGCGUGAUCAGCAACCCCAGUGAAGACCCAACCAGCAACAACACAAUCAUUGCUAGGGCUAUAUGGGCAGCCUUACAGACGCAAACAUCGAACAAUGCCAAGAACUUCAUCACAAAAUUAGCCAAAGAAGAGAAUGCAAAGAUGCUGGAGGCUGGAGCUGAUAUUACGGAAUUUGCUGUUGGAGGUAUGGAUAUUGAUAUUUUCAAGGAAGCCUUUGACUCUCCUAAAGUGGAUUUUGUUCUUUCACAUACCAUGUACUCCAGGGAUGUUCUUAAACUGAAAAAAGGGCAGAGGGCCGUGAUCAGCAAUGGCAGGAUCAUUGGGCCAUUGGAAGAUGGUGAGCUUUUUAACCAGGAUGACUUUCACUUGCUGGAGAAUAUUAUUUUAAAGACUUCUGGGCAGAAAAUAAAAUCUCAUGUUCAGGAGCUAGGAGUGGAGGAAGAUCUUGCAAGUGAUCUUGUAAUGAAGGUGGAUGCUCUUCUGUCUGCUCAGCCAAAAGGAGAGGCAAGAAUUGAAUACCAUUUCUUUGAGGACCGAUACAGCGCAAUUAAAUUAAGACCAAAGGAAGGAGAGACGUAUUUUGACGUUGUGGCUGUUGUAGACCCUGCUACCAGAGAUGCACAAAGACUUGCUCCACUACUAAUGGUAUUGAACAAACUAAUAAACAUGAACCUCAGAGUUUUUAUGAAUUGCCAGUCCAAACUCUCUGACAUGCCUUUGAAAAGUUUUUAUCGCUACGUUUUGGAGCCAGAAAUAACUUUCAGUGCAGAGAAACUCUUCGUUCCUGGCCCAGUAGCCAAAUUCUUGGAUAUGCCCCAGUCCCCCUUGUUUACUUUGAAUCUAAACACGCCUGAGAGCUGGAUGGUGGAGUCUGUAAGGACACCAUAUGAUCUUGACAACAUUUAUUUAGCGGAGGUGGAGAGUGUUGUGGCAGCCGAGUAUGAGUUAGAGCACCUCCUUUUGGAAGGGCACUGCUAUGAUAUCACGACAGGGCAGCCCCCGCGAGGGCUCCAGUUCACGCUGGGAACAUCAACAAACCCCGUGGUUGUCGACACCAUUGUUAUGGCCAAUUUAGGCUACUUCCAGCUGAAAGCCAAUCCUGGUUCCUGGUUUCUGAGACUUAGAAAGGGAAGAUCUGAUGAUAUCUACAGAAUUUACAGCCACGAUGGAACAGAUUCUCCACCAGAUGCCAGCGAUGUUGUUGUUGUUAUCAACAACUUCAAGAGCAAAAUUAUUAAAGUGAAGGUUCAGAAGAAAUUGGAUAUGCUGAAUGAAGAUUUGCUAAGUGAUGGAACAAAUGACAAUGAAUCUGGAUUUUGGGAAUCUCUUAAAUGGGGCUUCACGGGCGGACAGAAGAAAGAAGAGGUGAAGCAGGAAAAGGAUGAUGUGAUCAACAUAUUUUCUGUGGCAUCAGGGCAUCUAUAUGAGAGAUUUCUCCGGAUAAUGAUGCUAUCUGUGCUGAAGCACACACAAACUCCAGUGAAGUUCUGGUUCCUGAAGAACUAUUUGUCACCUACGUUUAAGGAAUUCAUCCCAUAUAUGGCUGAAAAAUACAAUUUCCAGUAUGAGCUAGUCCAGUAUAAAUGGCCACGAUGGCUUCACCAGCAAACAGAGAAGCAGCGCAUCAUCUGGGGUUACAAAAUUCUUUUUCUGGAUGUGCUGUUCCCCCUUGCUGUUGAUAAAUUCCUGUUUGUAGAUGCUGACCAGAUUGUGCGUACAGACCUCAAGGAGCUAAGAGAUUUCAACUUGGACGGGGCCCCUUACGGUUACACACCAUUCUGUGAAAGUCGCAGAGAGAUGGACGGAUACAGAUUCUGGAAGUCAGGAUACUGGGCAAGUCACUUGGCAGGAAGAAAAUACCACAUCAGUGCUCUCUAUGUUGUGGAUUUGAAGAAGUUCCGGAAGAUAGCUGCUGGGGAUCGGCUUAGAGGACAAUAUCAAGGCCUGAGCCAAGAUCCCAACAGUCUCUCCAACCUUGAUCAGGACUUGCCAAACAACAUGAUCCAUCAGGUGCCCAUUAAAUCACUCCCGCAAGAGUGGCUUUGGUGUGAAACGUGGUGCGAUGAUGCUUCGAAGAAAAGAGCAAAAACCAUUGAUCUGUGCAAUAACCCAAUGACCAAAGAGCCAAAGCUGCAGGCGGCGAUGAGAAUCGUCCCUGAGUGGCAGGACUACGAUCAAGAAAUUAAGCAGCUUUUCAGGCGUUUCCAUGAAGAAAAAGAAUCGGGAGCGCUUUUUGAGACAAAUGAAACUAAACCACAAAGUCGAGAAGAAAUGGCAGCGCAUAUGGAAUUAUGAUCUAUGUUGACCCACCAUGUGAGACUAUUUCAUAGACAAUUUUUCUAUCAAAUGCUAGUUUUUUCUAGUAUGUUUGCAAGACUGCUAAGAAAAACUGAAGGGGAGGGUGACAAGCUGUAUUACACAUGAUUCGAAUUUGAUUUUGGCUGGUGGAAUAGAAUCUGGAUGAUUGGGAUUAGCGGAACUAUCUUUCUUUACGCCUGCAAGAGAUGGAGGAGCCCACAGAGGAAUAUAGAAUUUUGGAAAUGUAUGCUGAAAAGCAGCAAGUCUCUUCAUCUAUUUUUUGGCUACUGCACCACUGGACAUCGAGAUUCUGGGUCACCUCUGCCUUUCUCAGGAACCCAGAGGAAAGGUACUACUCUGAGAGGGUAAAACCUUGAGAAUACACAGGCACUUCCCUCCUUUGUGGAUUGAGGUAGGGCCAAACUCUUUCAGGUUUGAACAGGGCUUGUUAUCAUGCCUUGAAUCGAAUUACACAGGUAUAGAUGUCAAACGGAUUCAGGUUUUUUUAAAAAAGAAAAUUAUACCUUCAGUUCUGGAAGAACUACAGUUCCUUCUAUUUAAAAUGCAUUGUGAAUAACUCAUUCAUUGUAAGGCAAAAUUUCAAAGCAACCCACCCAACUUCAAGAAAUAUACAUUACAAAUGAAUGCAUAUUUUAAUGAAUCAAACUGUGUGUGGCAUCUAAUACUUUUUUCAUUGCAGACCUAAGAGAGUUGUUAUUGAAGACUGCAAAAUUAGUAGGGCAUUAAGACUUCUGUGAAUUUGUGGCUCUCAUGAAUGUACUUUUGUUUAUGCAAAACUGUGGAAGCUUUUUGAUUUUGUAAGUUUCAUAAGUUUAUUUUCCCUCAAACACAAGAGUGAUUUCAGGUCAAUAAAGCCUUAGAGUUCCUAAAUCUUACGCUCUAAUCCUCCUCUCGUGGGCUCCAUGCCCUUCCUAAUUGCUUCAUUUCAGUUUUUCCUUAAAUGCUUCUUACUAUAAAAUGUCAGUCUUCUCUUGCUUUCACACUUUCCAAAUUCUGUUCUGGCCAGGUUUCCAGCUGCGGAAAACAUUUCCCUCUAGAAAACUGACCUUUGAAGGAGAUAACCAACCUUGUACAUUACUCCGUUUUCUAUCUCCCUCCACCGCCACAAUCUCCAUUUCGUAUGAAGUAGGCAAGUCUGGCACAAAAGCACCAUGUUUGAGAUGUACUAAACAGCCGCUUGUGAUUGUAAAAUCUUGUCAAAUCACCACAGAAAGUAUCAAACAGGUCAUUCUUUUAACUUCGCUAAGGGCAGAAGCUCCUCUUCCCUGACUGGCCCUGUCUCAUAGCAAGGAAGCAGGGUGUUUUUCAGAGUUCUUUCAUCUUCUGUUUUCGGAUUUCACUUUUUUCCUGAGUACUUGCUAUUGUUCCCCCCACUAUUUCAGUGUGACCAGAUGGUUGGGGAAGGGAAAUUAUAACGGGGGUUCUUUUUAAAAUAAAUUUAAGCUGACUAGAGAGCAGCUUCUUCCUUCAUCUUCCCCUCUGUCCUGACAUCUGGUUCUGCCUUCCCCCUCAGCUGGGGAAGAGAAAAUUGGACUGAACACACCAGCUGCUUCCCACCUAGAUGGGCAGCAGACAAAAAACAUCAUGUUGACACUUAAUAUCCAGCGGCUUCCACAUGAGUUCCCUUAGCUUACCUGGGUCCAGAUCAGAGCAAUCCAGAUCCAGGCAUAGUGUAGGAAGCACAACAUCCUAACAGAGUUGUUAUUGAAGUCCACAGGUAGACCUGGUCUCACAUCCCUACCCCUGCUGAGGAUUCCAUGCCUACCAAAUAAAUUGCUCAGCAAUAGCAAGGAUCCUGUAGAUUGAGGCAGAUCAUAUAGCCCUUUCCCUGUUUGAUUUGAGCUGGAAAAGAAGAACACUCAGGGGAGAUUAAUGGUAACAAAGGGCAUGAUGGGCUUUUUCUUUGGCCAGAGUUGUCUGUAUUGAUAAGUUUUCUGAAGAUAAAUGGGGCAAGGAGGGAGAUGCCUCCAAAAGGGAACAGGGGCUGUCUCUCCUCCCCUACCUCUCAGGAGCUGCUUAAGACAUCUAACCUGCAAAAGGUGAGGGCUGGCCAGAAACACCUAAGGCCAAAUAAGGUAGACAGCCCUCUGGAUGCCCGAAUUCAUGCUUUUGUUUUAACCCGUCUCUCUCUUUUAAUCCAGAGUCCAAAGGACAAUCUUUACACAAGGGGGGAUAUACAGGAGCAGAAAUAUCCCUAGGGUAAGGCUCCCAAAGUGGUGGGCCACAGCCUUGAGGAACAUGGACCCUCUCCAAUAUCUUCUACCCAAAUGUCAUGCUGCAUGGCUCUUUUCUGGGCUGUUUCCAAAAGAUUGACCAGUGAGCAGGGCUUCUUUGAGAGAACAGACUGUAAUGAGCCUUCACUGACUGUGGGUGAAAAAAUUCUUUGUCCAUUGAUAAUGGAGAAAGAAGUUCUUUAGGUUCUCCACAUUGGGUUGAGGGUGGAGGACUUAAGCAGUAAAUAUAGAGUGCUUCUCACAUAGCCUGUAAUGUAGGAUGGACCUAAGAUCUCGCCUUCAGCAUAGAGCAGCUUAUCUCAGUUUCGUGAAGGUCAAAAUAGUUUCACCAUCACACCAGACACUCUCUACACAAUAUGGAUACUAUGUCACCUUGCUGCCAAAUGCCUUUCUGAUUGAUACCAGACCAUGCACAUCACAAAGAGAGUGGAGCAUAAGUGGCUCAGGCUUAGGUGUAUCCAACUUUCAGUGAAGGUAAUUCAGCUGGUACACAAAUGACUAGAUGUAGUGCUAAAUUUAUGGAAACACCAGGAGGGCUGAUUGUAAAGGAACACAUUUACCUUCUGAAAUAUGGUGUACAUGAUCCAGUGUGAAGAUUUGCAGAUGCUCUAGUCAGGGUGAUAUGCCAAACCCUCUAGUUGUGAGCAAUUAUUUAAUUAUGGAAGAAAUGUGUAAUUUUCUAGCUAUUGAAUGAGCUAGGGGUGACAUGAUUUCAACAAGAACAGAAUUGAACUGCAUUUUCUUGACAUAUGCGCCACCAAUAGAGCAUAAAGUAUAGCACUUACUGUGCUAUUUUAAAGGCAGGCACUUGGAAAGCUAUUUAUUAAGCUUGCUGCAGCUAUUGAGACAGCUUUAUAUGCUUGCUUAGCUUCAUAAAGAGGAUUUUCAGUGUGAAAUGUUUUCCAGUUCAGUGUGAAAUGUUUUCCAGUUGUGUACGAAGGUUGUGUUAGCAUUCCAGAAAAUUGAAGUAGAAAAAUAAGGAAACGGAAACAAAUAUUUUUCUAAACUGCCGUUUCUUUAGGAUUGGCAGUUUGAUUCUCUCCCCCACCCCCUUAUUUAACAUUCAUUUGCCCUGUUUGGGUGGUGAUCAAGCAACAAUGCUCUGUCUUUAAACUUGUGGGUUCUGAAGCUCCUUAAGAGAAGACAACUCCUCUGUGAGGUUUCACAACUUGAACAAAGGAAAAAGAGAAAGAGAGAGGCUGUUGAUGCAUUUGCCUCUUCCAUGUUCUCUCUGCUUCCUCUGCAGCACAUGGGAUCUGUGGCAACAGAAAGGUAGCAGACAUUCAUAUUUGCUCAGAUUCACAGCCACCUCAAUGUCCCAUUAUAAGACUGCAGUUCAACAGACAGUGUCUCUGCUCACCAUCCAUGCAUUAUGGCGCUAUAUGAAGAGGGCUCUCCCCAAAUGAGGGAACUUCCUUCACCUAAAGACUUUGGAGAACACAAAGUUCCAGCCUCUGCCAGUCAGUGCAGAACACAAAUAUUCAGGCUGACUUACAGAUAAAAUCUGUUUUAUUUUGACAUAAUUACACACAUUACAGAUUUAGAUUUAGUUAAGCACUGAGGUUUAAAGUGUUGCCUGAAAAAUAACCAUAUCAGAUUUCCUAUGAAUUAAAUGCUUACCUUAUCUGUAUUUGUUGGCUCCUUAUCUAGGUUACUGCAUCCUGACAACUGGCUGAAGGGGGAACCUAGGUGCUUAACUAGUAAGGGAUUCCAGGGAUAUCUGGUGUGCAGAGUGGUAGUGAGGCAAGCUGAUAAAGGAUCCACUUAACGUCAUUGCUUUUCAUGCUCAAUUUCUCUCCCUUAAGUACGGAGGGGAAGCUUAGAAACCUGGAGUAGUUAUGCCCAUCAAGAGGCCCACCAGAUAAAGUGGGUUGGCUCAGGUAUUGGAGGGGUGAAAGGGAUAACAAAGCUAAGGGACUUAGACGGCCGUAUUAAGCAAUUUGGUUUACAGUAGUUACACAGCUUAUGGUGGUCAUGUCCCUGCACAAAACAUUCUCUCCUAAAAGGAUGGCACUGCUGGGUUACUUGGGUUAUAAGUACAUUACUAUUUAUAUUGGCUCAUUUAUAGGCUUCCCUAUCUGUUAGACCUGGAAAAACGGCACUAGUAAUAAUUAAAUCACACUGGUUGAAGAAUAAUGCUGGCUUACAAAAGCACUAUAGAACCUUCAUUGUACAGAAUACUGUAAGUACAAAUAGACAGGUCCCUAUUUGUACUUUUAAUGUCCUUGAGACUUAAAUAUCAAGCUGGCUUUGCAAACUCUGUUUUGAAGAUUGCCUGCAUUGUAGUAAUUUCUGCUCUUCUCUUUCCCCUGCCCACCCCAAAGAAAUUUCAGCAGUUCCUUUUCUCUCCCCACCACCCUUCCUUUUUAAAGCAUGAAAGUCAGAGAUGGAAGUAAUUGUUAGCUAGCUGUUGGGCUUAAAAUGGGAAUGAGCAAAGGUGUUUUUUUGCGGCAUUUAUGUUCCUUUUUCUCUUUCAGUUGUGUCCCCAUUCAAUAAUGUGCUGAGUGAAGCUCCUCAUAUCUGUUGAUGUACAAAAUGUUCAGUACCUUCAGAAUGUUACCAGGUUAUAAUUUAUCCUCCCAGGUCUGCUAAACACAAUAAAGCCAUUUUCAUUGUUCCUCUUUAA